AUGGUAAAGCGGUAUGACAGCAGUGGGGAAGUAGAAAUCCAAACUAUCCGAUUCGACAACAAAGGUGAAAAUUUAUAUGGAGAUCCAAAGUACCUCACAAAAAAUUGCAAUGGAGAUAUUAUUGUGUCAGACUAUAAUCUCAGUGCUGUAGUGGUGGUUGACGCUGGGGGCAAACAUCGGUUCUCUUACACGGGGCCUCCAUCAGGAUCAGGACUGCAACAAGGACUACGGCCUACAGGAAUCUGUACAGACGCCCUGUCACACAUCCUGGUGGUCGAUAACCUCACUGACACUGUGCAGAUGAUUGACAAGGAUGGUCACUUUUUGUCACUCCUGUUGACCAAAGAAGGGGUUAUACAUGCGCUUUAUAGCCUGGCCUAUGAUCACGAAACUCAUCUUCUUUAUGUAGGAUGUGGAUCAUCAGAAUGUACUGACAUAGUGUCUGUAUAUAGAUACAUACAAAGACAGAACUAUUUUUUGACAGAUACCUAA